AUGGCGCAACCUAUCGCGUAUCCUCAAAUCCAAGCUAGACCCCAGCUGCCCCCGACACCGGCGCCAACUUCGUUCGAUACCCCGUCCCCCUCCAUGGACCCUGCACUUCCAGUGGACUACCACUUGCUCUUGCUCUCGCUUGCCGAAGACUACAUAGCUGCGGCACACGGCAUGGGAUCUCUGGUCGCCUUACACUGUCGGAACGCGGACAUGGAGGCCUACUACAAGCUCAUAGCUACGGGCCUCGGUUGUAUGGAGUCUGUGCUCAAGAACUGGCGACUUCAUCCGCGUAUGGAGGCAGAGCUACGCUUGCGGUAUGCCGGCCUGCUUCAUCAAGAGACUGAGAACAGCGCGCAGACGGAAUCAGUUCUCAGCAAGGGGAUCACACUUUGCGACCGGAACCGCUUGUUAGGUCUUAAGUACAGCAUGCAUCAUCUUCUUGCACGUGUGUUGUUCAAGACAAAUCCUCGAGCAGCGCUCAAAUCUCUGGACAAUCUUAUACCGGAUGUUGAAGCGUCCGAGCACACAGCUUGGGCGUAUGCUUUCCGCUUUCUACGCGCCUCUCUAUCUUUACAGGUCCCUUCUCAUCCAGAAACACUUGCAGCACUACAGCAUCUCCGCCGAAUAUCAACCUUGGCGGACAGUCAAGGAGAUAGAGCCAUCUUUGUGGCGUGUUCUGCAGUCCAAGCGAUGGUCUACCUACGGAGUGGUAGCAUGGACUGCAUCGAGCAAGCCCAGAGAGCUAUUGCUGCUGCAAGAAGUUAUCAACUGCAGAUGACCGCUCAAGAAUUGGGGCACUUUGUGACAUUGCUGGAUUUCAUCGACUUAGCCUGCUGCUUACAGCAAUACAAUCCUGAGCAGGCAACGGUCAAGAUGCAAGCUAUGCAAGCGUCAAUGGACAGGAUCAGCGACGAGAUGGCUUCGACCGAUGAUGGAUCAUUUUCUGUACUUAUCGAACAGAGCUCUGGUGGACAGGCCACAACAUCGACCGGCGGCGUUUUCCAGAAAACGGCCGACGGACGGGAUAUGCUAACAUUCACGUGGCUGCGGAAACUGGACCUGUAUCUACUUGGCUACUUCCUUAGCGGCGUCACCGCGCAUCUGAAAUUUUCUGUUGGCGGAAAAGCCGAGCAGUACUUGCAAGAGAGUCUGAGGAUGUCACGUGAAAGUUUCAAACUCCCCGAAUCCCCUGGGGAAUCUUUCUCAACGGCGACUGACAGGGCUCGAUGGAAAACUCUAAUUGAAUGGCACAUCUACGUCCACCUCGCCCUCUUGUCCAGCUACCGAGCCGAUUGGGCAUCGGCAAGAGCAUGGCUCAAUAAGCUUCACGAAACACGCCAUAAACACGGUAUCUCCGAAGCCGAGUCCCUGGAUCAGUGGGCAACCUAUCUUCACGGCGUGAUCGAUCAAGCAUCGGGGAACACAGUUUCUGCCCUUUCAGUCUUUCAGUCCCCGCUUCUCUCGCUCCCGGACCCGGCACCAAACCGCUCCCUCUCCGUCCAGCAAGACCUCGCCAUCCUCGCCGCCCUCAACACUAUCCUCAUCAUCCGCGACUCAGCCCACCCUCAACACCACCAAGCCGACACUCUCCUCCUCAAGCUCGAACCCCUCUGCCUCUCCCACCCCAACAAAGCCAUCGAAGCAGGCCUCUACCUCGUCAAAGCGACCUCAACCCCCGGUUUCCACGGCGAAGCGCCCUCGAUCAUCAAAACCAAGCAGUACAUCCACACGGCCCUCAAGGUCGCCAAGAGCGUCGCGAACCAGCAGCUUCUCGCCAUCAGCAUGAGUUUCAUGACGGCCAUGUUCUUCAAGGACAUCGUGGGGGAGCAGGCGGAGAAGAGCGCGAAGGCGGCGAGGCAUCUCGCGAGGGGUGCGGGAAGCGCGCUGUGGACUUGUGUUACGGAUGGCAUGUUGGCGGAUACGCUAGCGAAGCAUGGGAAGAGGGAGGAGGCGGCGGCGGCGUUGGGGGAGGCGAGGGAGUUGGCGGCGCAGUUGCCGGGGGAAUUGGGUAAGAGAUGUGGGGGUGGCAAGUGA